AUGGCGAGCGAGCGGCACCACCCUGGCCUCCCUGGCAUCACCCAUGUCACCGACACCUCUGGCCAGCUCAUUUCCACCGCCUCUUUGACCGACAAGACAGUUGCGCUCUACUUUAGCGCUCAUUGGUGCCCUCCUUGCCAGCGUUUCACGCCACGCCUGAUCUCGUUUGUGCAGGCCCACGCAGGUCGACUCGAUGUUGAAGUUGUGUUUGUCUCGUCGGACAAGGACAUGCUGGCAUACCUGGCGUACUACCAGACCAUGAUUCGCUUUCUGGCAGUUCCGUAUGAUCCAUCUGUAACCGACGCCCUCUCACGGCACUACAACGUGUCCGGCAUUCCCACGCUCAUUCUGCUCAAGCCGCAGCCACAGGAAGCCAUGGUGGUUGUCGGCGAUCCGGUGCCUCCGCUCUCGCAGCUAGUUCUCACGCGGUCGGGCGUCGACGCGGUCUCGCGCGAUCCAGCCGGAGAGGGCUUUCCUUGGCCGGAGAUCCACUACGUGCUCGAGGACCUCGGGCUUGAGGCACCGCUGUGGCGGACCGACGCUUUCUUUGGUGCUUUUGGUGACCCGUACCUUGACGGCUUUGGCGGCCUCUCUUCGUCGUCGUACGUCACGUCCAAGGUCUUCUCCAUCCUCAUCCGCCAGCUUCUCGACUCGAUCCAGGCCUCAGGUGGCAAGGCCGCGGCGUCAUCUCAAGUCUCGGCCGCAGUCCUCGACGCGGCUUCGGCAGUCGGCCCGCUGGAAAAGGUUCUUGACCUGCUCGCAACAUUUGAGUCUCUCUCGGAGCCGGUGCUCAAGACCCGCUCCGAGUACGAGAAUCCCGGCCAGCUGCUGCCGGUGCUCCAGGCGUGGGCGGCGCCGAUUGCGGCGCUCCAGCCGGGGGACACACUUCUGGUGCCCGGCGGUUGGGUCGAGCCGCGCGGCGUUCACUGCCUGGCGCACAUGAUCAUUGCCAACGCCGACUCGUCGUUCGACUUUGUCACCUUUAACACCUCGGUCGACGAGGGCCUCAAGUACCACCCGUCGUCGGCAGCCUUUCCGCCCAAGAUCAAGUUCCGGUCUGCGCUGCGGCUGCGGAGCAUUCCGCGCGAGCGCAUGCUCGACCCGGUCUGGUGGGCCAUGCUCAUCAAGAUGCAGGUAGCACAGAUCAUCUCCAACCGCGCCGAGGUCCUCUACGACGUGCUCCUGCCGUGGCUCGCUGGAUCCUCGCUGCCGUCGGCCAUGGCCUCGUCGCAGGUCGAAGACGACCCGCACGGCGAGUGGCUUGCGCCGCAGCGCGCCAAGCUCUCGCACUAUGGCUGCCUGCUUGAGGCUAUCCGCUACACGCUCGCGUAUGCUGGCAUGCCGCGCCCGCAGCUCCGCACCGUCCUCUUUGCGCUCCGGGUCGGCUUUGUCAACCUCCUUGCCUCGGAUGUCGGUGCCGUCGACCUCAUUCACUCGUCCGAGCGCGCGCUGGUGAGCAUGGCCACUCGCCAGCUUGCCUACGCUGCGGUCAAGGAGGUCCGCGCCGGCUUUGCCGAGCCGAGUUUCCAGGCGAGCAUGCUUGCAGCGCUCUCGUCGCUCGACGCCGCGCUCGCCCGCGUCCCGGCCUUUGGCCUCCCCGAGGGCGGCCUCCCGCCACAGCUUGCCAUGGGAACCGCUGCCGCGUACAGCCCCUACCCGGGGUUUGCCUUUCUCAAGGCCCGUGGCGAGGACUCGUACGCCGGGCCGGCCAAGCCCGAGUCACCGGCGCCGCCGUUUGACUUUCUCGAUCUCCCGCCGCGUGCCGUCGACUUUGCCACCGCCCUCUCCAUGGUUCAAAAGGUGCUUGCCCUGGUGGAGACGCUGAUGAACCACGCGCGUGCUGGCCACACCUCGGGACCCAUCCCGCGGCACUACGAAGUCAUCGCGGUCGUCAACUCACUUGUCCUCGACAUGCUCCCCAUGCCGCAGGCGCCAGCCUCGGGCAUCACCUGCAUUUACACCGGCGGCGCGGUCCGCCCGCCGCAGGCUGCCCAGCUCGCCUUUCUCGCCGCCAUCUACGAGCUCACCGCCGCCUUUACCUCGGCGUGGCAGUCAGUCAAGCGGCCGUCGCGGUCGGCCGACUCGGAGCGCGCGCUGGUUGCUGGCGCGCUCCUCGCCCUCUUUGACGCCGGCGCCCGCAUCAAGUGUGCCGGCAAGCCGCUCAUUCUCUCGCGGCUCCUCACCAACGCCGGAGGCUUCCACCUCUCGACCGAGGUUGGGUGCGAGACCGCCACGCUCUCGUAUGAGCGGCUCUCGUCAAUGGCCCAGCUCGACAACGCACCGCGACUCGCGGCUGUCCGCUCCGACGUCCUUGCCUACCUCGACGCCAUCCAGACCACGACCGACCGUGUCCUGUUCAACUGGCCGCAGGAGGCCGGGACGAGGACGCUGCAAGUGCAAAAGACCUCGCCAACCAUGGACUUUGUCCGCCUCUACAUCACUCUCAAGGGCUUCCGUCUCACCGACGACCCACGCGAGACCGAGAUGCAGGCGCUCUGCCGCUGGACCUUCUUUGACCUCGCCAAGGAGGAGCCGCUCUACGGCUACGCUCGCGACAUGGUCGUCAUGUUCAAGUUCCUCGCCACCAUGGAGUCGGAGCUUGCCGACCGUAAGCUCCGCAAGCGUGCUGUCCACAAGCGCCACGAGAUGUGGCAGAUCAUGUACGAGUCAGAGUGGGAGGCCAAGCGCGGCUCGUCGCUCGAGCGGCUCCGCUUCAAGGUGGAGGGCAUGAAUGGCGACCAGACCACGGCCUUUGUGCUCAUGUCCGGCUUUGGCCGCCCCGUCGUCAUCUACGGCGACGGCCUCAUCACCCAGUCGCCCACCGACGCCGAGGCCUACCUCGGCCUGCCCGACCCGUCCGAAGACGACGUUCUCCACUGCGACAACCUACCGUCGUUUGACGACGUCCUGCCCGAUGAGGACUCGGAGGCGCUUAUGUCGUACCUCACCACCCAGUACCUCCGCAUCCCCCUUGUGGUCGGCUUUUUCGCCACCCGCGACCGCCUCUCGUACCUCUUCCACGCCGGCCUCCGUGACGUUCUCCGCGGCGCAGUCUUUGAGCUCGGCUCGUGGUGUCCGCCGUGGCUCCAGCUGCCGCUCGACUCGGUCCCAGCCCGCCGCGCGGUGACCAACCGCGACCCGCUCUCGUGCGCCACCGGCCUCCUCCUCAACGAGCUCACCUUUUCGCCCGGCUCGGUCCUCGACCCGCUCCUCGACAUGAUGGACGCCGUCGCCGACAUUCCGGUCAACUCGGAGACCUGCCGCUCGCGGCUCCUCCUCUGGCUCGCCGAGGCCGAGGCCGAGGACAACAUGCCCACCGUCAACAUGUGCCAUGCCUACCUCGCCCUCAUCUGGCGCAACGUACUCCCGCACGAGCUCACGCCCGAAAUCGUCUCGCUCCUUCUGGGGCACCUCGCCUUUGUCCGCCACUGGCACGAGUUUGGCUCUUCGCCCAAGGCCGCUUCUGACACCGCCGAGCUCGAGCCAUGGGAGCGCCUCAAGCGAGUCCUCCGCGCGCACGGCAUUCCCACCGACCGUCUCUCGCAGUCGUCGCUGCCGGGUGUUCGUGGCUCGCUCGAACGCGUCCUCAUCCUCCAGAUCGGCCGCGACUCGGUCCGCAUUGACUUGCGCCCCAAGGACACCGAGACCCUGCCGCCGCCGGCAGACGUGCCCGAGUACGAGCUCUUCACCAUGCUCCACGAGCAGCGCCCGGCGCUCCUCGCCUUUCUGGCUGCCGCUGAGCAGGACGCGCUCGACUCGGUCAUGAGCGAGGUUGUCCGCAUUGCGCUCCGCGGCGACGACCGCGCCUCACUCCGCGGCUGGGCCCCGCUCGAGGCCGCCGACGCCCGUCGCGGCAUGUACGCCGCCGGUGGUGGCGAAGUCGUUGUCGACGUGCAGACCGCGGAAAUCCAGUACAAGGGCAACAUGCUCCGUGCCCUUCCGGCCUCCAUCUCCGAGUUUGACGACUACCGCUCGGUAUUUGGCGACGAGCGCUACCACUGCGGCCUUGUUUCCCGCCAGCAGCACCGCCUGUGGCUCUCGCUCGUCGGCCUCGCCACACACGUCAAGGAGUGGACCAAGCCGACAAACGAAGACCAGGGCGUCGGCCAGCCGCUGCCGCUGGACUCGGCCUCCACACCGCCCGAUCUCUCUUCCGGGCUCGUCUAUGCUGGCGUCACGUACAACCGCAAGUUCCCCACCAAGCUCCCGUCUGAAGCCUGGGUUGUCGCCCUCCUCAAUCCAGUCCUCCAGGUCCACCGCAACGACGACGCCGUUCUCCUCCUUCCUGCGACGCUCACGCCCGCCGACGCCACCCUUGUCACCCUCAUCACAUGGUACGUCAAUGAGGACACCGGCGACAUUACCUACAAGCUCGUCCGCGUUCUCCGUCAUCACCAGGUUGUCCACGUCUACGACCUCAUCUCACACGGCCGCAAGCUCUAUCCCUCGCUGGUGUACUCGUCCAACUACGUCCGUGCCCUGCACUCGCUCCCGCUCCCGCCACCCGAGUCGGCCAAGAUUGUGCCCGACGCCGUCCGCCAUCAGCGCGGUGCCAUCUGGAAGAACGCCCCGCUCGAGACCUCGCUCGUCAUUGAGCGCGAAAACGCCGCUCUCGGCGGCCGCGAGAUGUAUCUCCCGCCACGCGUGCUCCGCGGUUCGCUCCCGGGCGUCCUCCUCACACACUACAAGUUCUGGCAAGGCGACGAUGAUGUCAUUCGCGGCUACCCGCUCGACGGCGACUCAUCGUGGUUCUCACAGGCGAUCGUGGUUGUCCUGACUCCCUCAGCCGACCGUGCCCGCGGCGCCGUCCCGCCCUGCGACCUCGACUCGCUCGCUUCGCUCCCCUGGAUGGGCACUGUCGUCAAGCUGCGCAAGGGCAUGGCCCAUCCGCGCAUCCCGCGCCUUGCCCAGCCCGAGGCUGCGCUGGCUACCGCUCCGCGCGACGGAACCGGUGCGCCGCAGGCUGCGGCGGCGUCGUCUGGUGCAGGGACGUCCGAUCCGUCCAACGCACCGCACCAGGGCCUCGACCCAGAGCUUGUGGCGUCGGUCGUGAGCUCGCUGGGUGCGCUUGGCGUCGCUCCUCCGCUCGCCAAGUACGCGCUCUCGGUGAUCGGCUCAUCAGGCUCGGGCUCGUUUGAAACGCUCCUCGCCCGGGCUGUCAACUGGGCCAUGGACAACUCAGACAUUGAGAUCCCGCCGGCGUUCUUUGAUGACACCGAGUCAGCCGACGACGUCGACGCUGUCCCGCCGACCCCGCUGGCUCGCUCCGACUCGACCCUUGAAGCCUUCCUCCGCCUCUCGAACGAUGGCGCGUUUCCGGAGCCUGCCAUCGAGUAUGCGCUCGAGCUGUACUCGCAGGACAUCGACCUCGCCCAGGCGUGGCUGUCUGACCCGGCCAACGCCGAGUUGGUCGACGCCCUUGGUCGCGGCGAGGACAUUGCCGCGCUCAGUAACUCGCCGUCAAUGGACGAGGCUGUCCAGGGUGCUCUCACCCUGCUCAACAUGGUGUACUUUCACUCGGUCCUUGUCCGCCUCGCCGACGUGCUCUCGCGGCUCGAGGAGCUCUCGCACGUGCUGGUGUGGACCUCGUCAUCGGCGCCGGCGUCGGCAGCUACGGCCGCGGCCGCGGCGUGCGUGGCCGCGUCCGAAGAGCCGUCCGACGUCGUGGCGACGACGCUGACCGACGCAGUUGUGCUCCUCUCGGGCGCGACAGUCACCAUCUCGUUGGUUGAGCUUCCGCGGCUUGGUGCCCGGUUCCAGCCGCGACUCGAUGCUGCCGGCAAGGUCAAGCUCUUUGCCCUUGACCAAGCUGGGUGGUGGAUUGCAGACCUCGACCCUGCUGCCGAGCCGCUGCUCGACAAGCUACUGGUCGGCAUUCCUCACGGGGUUGUGCUGGAGAACGCGUCGGGCGAGCUGAGGGUCAUGGUCCCCAACUGCGACUUUUCGCGGCCGCCCAUUGCACCGUUUUCGACCGAGCUUGACCUCAACCGGGCGAGCUCGGCGUGGCUCGCACGCGCGCCGACGCGAUACUACCUCUACUCGGUCCACACGACGCGUACAUUCCUCCACGCACCGUCGGUUGCGGCCACUUUUUAUCUCAUUCUCCUCCGCUUCGCCGCCCGCGACUACGAGGCCGUCUUUCGGCUCUCCGAGACCUGCCAAGUCGACGUGCCGUUUACCUCUGAAGAGGACCGCGUCUUCCAACUCCUCGGCGAGCUGGGCUCGGACCUCACGCCCGACGCGGUGGCGUGCCGACUCAAGCUCUCGCUCUGUGUCCUGCUCGGUGGCAACCAGCUGCCGUGGAAGCUCUCGGACCAGUACGACAAGUACCUCUCGCGUCUCUCGCAUGUCUCGGCCGGCUGCCGGCUCGAGAGCGAGGAGGAGGCCGAGCUGCUGCCGUUCAUCGAGGCUGAAGAGGAGACGCCGCUACUGGUCGGCAACCGGAUGACGUACCUGACCGGCGCCGCCGAUGGCGCCACUGCAGUCUCGCUCUCGUCGAGGGUGGUCAAGCGCGGCGGCGACGUGUGGCGCCUGGCACAGGCUCGCCAGCCGGUCCUCUACUCGAUGCACCACACCACCAUGUCAACCGUCUACUACGCCAUGCCGGCCAAUCCGGUUCUCGACGACACCGGUGUGCUCUCGUUCAUGGAAGCCCUGGAGCAGGAGGAAGAGUCGGGCUCGACCGGCAAGGUCGGCUUCCUCGGCCUCUACGACUUGCUCCACCCCGACUCGCCAGCCAGCGCGCGGCUGCUCGGCGUUGACGUGACCCGCUCGCUUGGCGAGCUGCAGACGCGGCUGUAUGGCGUCCGCGGCAACGCGGUGACCUCAGUCUCAUUCCACAACGCACAGCUAGCGGCGCUCAUCAACUUUCCGUACGUUGCCUGGCCGAGUGUUCCGCGCGUCUCGCCUCUGCCGCGCAUGCUGGUGCGCGGCGUCGAGAUCUCGUGCGUCGACCAGGAGCUGCCGCAGAUGGCGUCGGCAGCCGAGCUGCUGCGCAACUUUUUCAACGAGCUCUUUGUCACGCUCCAGUCGCUUGUCUCGGCGCCGUUCUUUGACGACGCCAAGGCGCGCCUCGCCGAGUCUGCCGAGCUCGAGGCGGUCCUCGCUGCGCCGCGCGAGACGAUGCACACCAUCAGCGAGAUUGCUGUUCGUGCCGCUGGAAGCCUCUCGUCCGGCGCGCAGGCCGGCUCGGUCUUCCCGCGCGUCGCCAACCACGGGUGUGACGUGCGGCGGCUGGCUCCAUUCACCCGCAGCGGCCUCGAUGUGAGCGCAGCCGAUCUGGCCGCCUUUGCCACCCGCCCGCUGUCGGUCCUGGACCUGGAUGCGUUUGUGACCUUUGACGAGCCGCAGGACGCGCCAACCGGCGCGCUGCCGUUUGAUCUCUCGCCGCAUCCUGCUGCCAAGUCGCAUGUGGCCGGUCUCAUUCUCUCGCGGCUCGACGACGACGUGACGACGUUCAAAGCCCAGGUCGAUGCCUCGCGCGUCCCGCGCAUUGUCGGCCUCGGCUCGGCCGACGUUGAUGAGCUGCUGAGUGCGGCCGAUGGCGCCGCAGGCGAUGCGGCGCGCGACACUGCGCUAGCCGCGCUGGGUAAGGUUGCUGCGACGCUCGAGAGCCUGCUGUGCGAGCUGCGCGAGCUUGCUGCCUCUGACGCGACGUUCAUCGCCGAUGCGCUGGCCGUGGUGCUCGCAGAGGCGGUGGCAGUGCCGCCUGGCGCCGAUGGUGCGACCGAGUUUGAGCUGCUCCGGCUCCACGGGGCGCGGACGGAGCUCAUUUUUGACCAUGUUACGUGCACGCUGCUCUCGGACGACGCAGCGGUCGAGCUGCGAGCGGUCAACCCGUUCCUGGGCGACGACGGCGUGGCCACCAUUUUGGAGCUGACGCAGGCAACGCUGCUGCACGCCACGCGGGUGGCACAUGUCAACCGGGUGGUGGCUGCGGCGACGCAGGUCCAGGCCACACUGGCCAGCCUCACCAAGCGGGUGCAGACCGGCGCUGGCGCCGACGCAGCCUUUGCGUCCAAGGUCCAGUACGAGGUGAGCAACCUAGGCGAGCUGCUGGUGUGCGAGCGCCACUAUGGUGGUGUCGAGUCGGGGAGCGGGGCGUUCUCGUAUGACCCGCGGUUCCUUGUCUUUGAGUACAUCUUUGACAUUCUGCUCCGCCAGCGGCAGGUGGAGAUGGUCAACGACUUUGUGGCGGCGUCGCGCUCCGAGAGCCACGCAAUGGUCCAGCAGAUGAUCAUGGGCGCAGGCAAGACGACCGUCAUUGGCCCGCUGCUGGCGCUCAUUCUUGCCGACGGCAAGCAGCUGGUCAUGCAGGUGGUGCCGACGGCGCUGCUGGAGAUGUCGCGGAACGUGAUGCGGUCGCGGUUCACGGCCAUUGUGCCGAAGCGGGUCUACACCUUUACGUACGACCGCUCGGAGCCGGACUCGGCUGUCUCGGUCGGCGAGCUGUGGAAGAAGCUCGACGCCGCCCGCCGCCGCCGGGCGGUUGUCUGCACCACGCCCGACGCUAUCAAGUCGCUCAUGCUCAAGUACGUGGAGCAGCUGCACUCGCUCGAGACGCCGCACUACCUCCUCACAUCGGGCCGCGCCCAGUCGUCGGAGCUCUCAACGCUCGACUUGCUUGACGUUGUCGUUGCUGACGGUGGGGUCUCGGACGAGGUGGCGGCGCUGGCUGAUGCUGACGCGGCCGAUGAGGGAAGUGCCGCGGCGCCGGGUACGCUCGAGGCGCUGGCCGAGGGCCGCGCGUACUCGGAGCUGGCGGCGCGGCUUGGCGGGGUGCAGCGGAACGAGCGCAAGCUUGCGCAGCUCAUGGCCAAGCUUCAUCUGCGGUCGGACGCGUCGGACGCGCUCGUCAAGAUCAUGAACCUCUGGUCCGAGGGUGUGCUGAUGAUGGACGAAGUCGACGUCCUCCUCCACCCGCUCAAGUCAGAGCUCAACUAUCCGAUCGGCGAAAAGUACCCGAUCGACAUGGAGGGCGCGCGGUGGGACCUUCCCAUCCACCUCCUCGACCUGGUCUUUUCACACAAGCGGGGUGAGCUGUUUGAGGCUGUCGAGGCGGAGACUGAAAAGGCACUCGGGGUGUCGGUGGCGAGCGUGCAGGGCGCGCUGGAAGCGGCGCUGGACGCCGGCUACACCGAGCACAAUUUGCAGCGGUCGCCGCACCUUGCGCUGAUGGACGUCGACUACUACCACGCGCGCCUCAAGCCAAUCCUCGCCCAGUGGGCGCUGUUCUGGGUGCGGGAGCGGGCGCUCGGCUCGCUGGCCUCGGUGGAGCACGAGGCGCUGCUGGCCUACAUGAGCGGCGAGCUCGAGGGCCCCGCCGCACAGGACCUUGCCGGCGAGCACGGAACCCUCGGCCAGCUUCUGCCUGUGGACAUGAAGCUGCUCAAUCUGGCCAAGGACUGGCUCACCUCGUUCCUCCCGCACGUCCUCUCCAAGGUCGACCGCGUUUCGUACGGCAUUCUCUCGCCGGUGGACCUCGCGCGGUGUGAUCCGCGGAUGCCCAAGUCGCGGCGGCUGACUGCGGUGCCGUUUGUGGGCAAGGACGUGCCGUCGCGGUCGUCCGAGUUUGCGCAGCCGGACGUAGUCAUUGGCCUCACCAUCCUGGCCGAUUUGCGGCGUGUAGUGGAGCAGCUGAAGAAGGACUUUGGCCAGGAGAUUGGCCCGCCGGCGGAGCGGCCGUCGUCGGUCCUCUUCUCAUCGUGGCUGGCGGCGGCCAAGGAGCGGAGCGCGGCCGCAGACGAGAUGGGCGUUCCACUGACGCCGGUCUCGCCAUCGGGGAGCUUUGCGGCGGCGUUUGGGCCGGGCAGCGAGGCGGCCAAGACGGCUGAGGCCGACCCAGAGACUGGCGUCUUUCCGCUCCCGCUCUUCCAGCCAAACGACCCGCAGCAGCUUGACCGGCUCUACCGCAUCAUCAAGCGGCACCCGCCGUUCAUUCACUACUACCUGCGGCGGCAGGUCUUCCCGCCGUGCAUGAACUUCCGCAAGGUCAAGAUCUCUGCUUCGGGGCAGGAGCUCGGGUCGAACAUCCUGUUUGGGACCCGGCUCGGGUUCUCGGGCACGCCGUCGAACCUGAUGCCCGCCGAUCUCGGGCGGUGCAUGUACGAGGCCGGCUCUGACGGCAAGAUCCUGCACGUCCUCACCUCGCCGGGCGUGGUCUCGGUCGAGGUCAAGGGCGAUGCAUGGACGGCCAAGUCGAUUCUGCGCGAUGUGGCGGCCAUGGAGCCGCCUGCUCAUGCGCUCAUUGACACCGGCGCGCUCAUCACCGGCAUGGACAACGAGGCUGUGGCCCGGUACCUGCUGGCAUACCUGCCCGAGUGGAUGGAGGGUGUGGUGUACCUCGACCGCAACGACAAGCAGAUGAUUCUGCUGCGGAGCGGCGGGCCGGGCGUCCCGCUCUCGCAGUGCGGUGUCUCGCUCGACAAGCGGUUCACCUUUUAUGACCAGGUCCACACCACAGGCAUGGACAUCAAGCAGACCCCCAACGCGCAGGCGCUGCUCACCAUCGGCAAGGACAUGACUUUCCGCGACUAUGCGCAGGGCGCGUACCGGAUGCGCGGUAUCGGUCGCGGACAAACCAUCCAGCUCGUGGUCAUUCCCGAGGUGGCCAACAAGAUUGCGGAGGAUCUCAACGCGAUCGGCGGCGCGCGCUCGGGCGCGCUCGAGCUCGACGUCGCCGCCUGGCUGUUGGUCAACUCGAUGCGGGCCGAGAGUCUGCAGUUUAUCCAGCUCUGCCUCCAGGAGCUGCACACGGUGUGGCGGAAGCAUGGGCUGGCGGCGCUCCGGGCCGACUCUGCUGCCAACACAGCGCGCGACGUCGACGGGCGGCUGACGCGGUUCCUGGCGUGUGACGACGACGGCGAGGAGGCGAGCGUGAGCAAGGCGUACCUUCGCGGAGCCAUCGACAAGUUCCGCGAGCCUGUCGAGUUUGCGGUGGACGACUCGGUGCCUGUGGCGCAGCGGUUCGAAGAGGUGUUGGACGAGCUAGUGGCAGGCAACGCGGACCUGACCCAGCCCGGCGACGAGGAGGUGCUGGCGGCCAUCCGGACCAAGGCGGCACAGGUCUCGAGCGUCACGCUCGCUGAGGUCCAGUCGGGGCGGUCUGCGCUCGACUCGGAGGUUGUCAAUGAGAACGAGCAGGAGGCCGAGCAGGAACAGCAGAAGGAGAAGGAUGUGGAGAAGCAGAAGGAGCGCGAGAUUGCGUACUCGCGCGACGACGAGUCGCAGAAUCCGUGGCUGGUCGAGCUCCUCGGGCGGUCGCCGGACGAGCACGGCGCCGGUGAGGUGGCGUUCUACCCGUUCUCGGCCUUCCGGGUCCACGAGGACCACGCCCCGCUUGCCUUCCCGUCGAACAUGCUGCUCUCGGACAACUUUUUCCGCCCGUCAUGGGUCGGACUUGGUGAGCGGCGGCUCAAGAACGUGACCGUGCUUGUCGAGUGGGUGCCGGACCUGGAGCGUGCGCCGGACGAGCGGUACAUGACCCUCCACCGGGUUCUCCACCGGAUGCUAGUGAGCAGCGCCGAGAGCGAUGCGCUGUACGCACCGCUGGCGCGGACAGGGCUCUCGCUGGUCACCCUCGACGGGCUCGUCCUCAACCGGACGCUCAACCUGCGGCAGCAGGCCGAGAGCGCGCGCGGUGUGGCCGUCGGCUGCUCCGACGUAACCGCGAGCGUGCAGCACGUGGCCAUGGUCUGCCUCAAGUGGAUCAACAACGCCAUGUUCUACUCGGACGCUGAGCUCGAGACGCUCGCCGAGGGCCUCGUCCGCGCCGACGAGUCGGAGCGGCUGGCGUUCUUUGAGACGCUGCUGCGGUACCGGCGGCGCGAGCGCAUGUUCUGGGCCGACACGCCGGUGGCCAAGGUCUUUACCCGCCGCGAGGAGUGGGGCAUGCUCAAGGCGCGGGCGCUCGUUGUCGAGCUCACCUCGGCCAUGCAGCGGAAGCGCAUGUACCUCCGCGUCGCCUUCCGCAAGUUUGACGCCGACGCAGACGGGUACAUCACCCAGGAUGAGGUCAUGCGCGCGUUCUCGUACCUCAAGCUCGGGUUCUCCUCGGCAGAUGCCAUCCAGCUCUUCCACAUCCUCGAUCUCGGGACCAACAUCUCGCUCUCGUUCGACGAGUUUGUCACCAAGUUUGCCAAGCUCACACUCGCCGACGUCCUCGCCGCCGAGUCCGAGGCCAUCGAGCGAUUCCGCGCCGCACAAACCCGCGCGUCGGACCCGUCGCGCAUCCGCUGGCGCUGCGCAGGCUGCUCCGCCAUGUCGCCCGGCGACCGCAUUCAGUGCCUAGAGUGUGGCCGCUCACACGAGAUGCAAGCCAGCGCCCUCCAGAACUACUGGGUCUGCGGCCAUUGCACGUACUCCAACUCGAUGUCUAAGAACUUCUGCGACAUGUGUGACUACGGCCAUGUCGAGGAUUCGCCGUGA